AUGACCACUUGGGAUCAAUUGCUGGAACGAAACCGAGUAUACUCGGAGACAGCACAUGUUCCCAGGCCUGAUCUCCGAGAUGUCAAGCCAUCACCGAUUAUCAUUUUUUGCUGCAUUGAUCUCCGUGUACCAAUUCAAGAGUUCCUCCAGAUAUCCCCAGAAGAGGCUUUUGUGAUUAAAAACUGCGGUGGGCGGGUCAAACCGAAUCUAAACGACUUAAUCUUCAUGGAGGCGACCCAAGAAGGAGCAUUACAAAAUAUUAUUGUCAUUCAUCAUACAGACUGCGGUUUUACGUAUCAUACAGACAACAACCUUAGGCAAAAGUUAAGACUCAAGUAUCCGAAUCUCGAUGAUGAGGUCGAUUCACUGUCUUGGGAUACAUUCGGUUCUAGUGAUAGAUUGGAAGAAAGCGUCCGAGAGGAUUUACGCCUUCUGAAAGAGCAGAAAUUUAUUCGACAAGACCUUAGAGACAACGUCAAGGGCUAUGUUUAUGAUAUAAAAAAUGGCAAACUGAAAGAAGUUGUGUGA